GUUGACUUGAUCAAUGGGGCAUGAAUUUUCUAGAUUAAUAUAAGUGAGUAGAAAGCAGGAUUUAAAGAGGGCAGUGGUAGUGUGGAAUAGUAAAGCAAAAAAGCACUAAUUAAUUAAGCAAAAUGAGUAUUAACAGAAGAGUAUUAUUGUCUGAGAGAAUGAAACUUAUUGUAGCAUUGUUUGGGUUGCAGUUAUGUUUUGCAGGGUUUCACAUAGUUUCAAGAGUUGCACUCAACAUUGGUGUCAGCAAAGUUGUGUACCCAGUUUACAGGAACAUCAUUGCACUUCUAUUCUUGGCUCCUCUUGCUUAUUUCUUUGAAAAGAAGGAAAGGCCACCUCUUACUAUUGGUUUUCUGGUGCAAUUCUUUGUGCUAGCAUUACUAGGAAUCACAGCAAAUCAAGGAUUUUAUCUGCUGGGAUUAUAUUAUGCAUCUCCAACAUUUGCUUCAGCAAUGCAAAACUCGGUUCCUGCAAUUACAUUUGUCAUGGCGUCUCUUCUAGGGCUAGAAGAAGUUAAUAUUGGAAGGAGAGAUGGGUUGGCCAAAAUAGUUGGGACUAUAGGAAGUAUAGGAGGUGCAACUGUAAUUACACUCUACAAAGGCCCUCCUCUUCUACUAACCAAUCAAAUCCAGGAAGAAAUUUCUCCAAUGAAUUGGACAUGGGGUUGUAUUUACCUUCUUGGCCACUGCUUCUCAUGGGCUGCUUGGAUGGUCCUUCAGGCUCCAGUUCUGAAAAAGUAUCCAGCUAAACUCACAGUCACUUCUUUCACAUGCUUCUUCGGAUUGAUCCAGUUUUUGGUCAUAGCAGCAUUUGUAGAAACUGACCUUAAUAAUUGGAAAAUCCAAUCAGGAGAAGAGCUUUUCACCAUCCUCUAUGCUGGAAUCGUGGCCUCGGGUAUUGUCAUUUCUCUUCAAACAUGGUGCAUCCAAAAAGGGGGGCCUGUGUUUGUUGCCGUCUUUCAGCCUCUGCAAACUCUUUUAGUUGCUAUUAUGGCAUUUGUCAUUCUAGGUGAUCAGCUAUACUCCGGAAGGAUAAUCGGUGCAGUUUUGAUUAUGCUGGGACUCUAUGUUGUAUUGUGGGGUAAAAGUGAAGAGAAAAAAAUAGCAACAGGGGAGAAGCCAGAAACUUUGACAACAACACUUCUUGAAGCUCCAAAUAAAGCUGAACAAACCGUCUGAGUAUCACAUAUGCUACUCGUUACGGUUGUCCACUUUCUUAAAUCACAAGCUAAGCUAAAUAGGAAGGAGAAGCCCAUUCCAAUGAAAAACUGAUAGAAGUGAGGCUUCAGAUAUUGUACACAACUCCCCUUUUCAAUCAAAACUAUAAAUAUAUAUUACACCUCAUUAAUGAA